AUGCAUCUGGCCCGCCUGCCUCUUUCGUUUCUUCUUAUCGUAGCUAACCCCUCUCGCCAGGGACUGCGAGUCCCGGACCUCGCGCAGGUACAGUCGUACGGGCCGGGCCCCAAAUGGGUUCGAAGCAUCAUUGAGGACGCCCCCAUUCUCCUCGGCGUCGAGGCUGCCCCAGGCCUGGCGGAGGGGGCAAGGGCAAGAAGCCGGGGGAUUUGGGUGGCCGUAGAAGGGACAGUGGGGGAUGUGGACUUUUGUCUUCCCGAACUGGUCAAGGUACCUGAGGAAGUCCACCACGUGGGAGCCCUGGCACUGGGGUACGGAGAGCGGGGGCUGGUGAGCGCGGAGUCGCGCCUUUUCUGGUUCUCGUACCGGCUUGGCCUGCUCGGGGAGGAUGAGGAGGCAGAGACUGUGAUGGUGAAGGUUUAG